GUUAAUUUCAUGAAACCCACCCUUGACUAGCCUUCGCACUUGGGGGAACCUGACUCGUAGCGGUGGGGUGCCGCGUCACGAAGGGUACCUCCGAACUUUCGCGCAGAAGGCCAUCACCAGUCCAACCUUACAUCCCAUGAGGACAUGCGGACACUCUAGAAGGGGCAUGGCGCAGGACCGCAACCUCUGAGUCGCGAUAGUUGGAUGAUGUUGGGGUGUCCAUGAGUGGACGUACGGUCGAAGAGCACGUAGGGCAAUGGGCGAGGUGGACAGAGGCGAAAGCAGAAGAGGGAGCGAUAGCUGGCGCUUAUGGAUGAAUCCGCAUGAGAAAGCAAAGGCGUCGACCCAAAAAUGCACCACCCCCAUGAAUACACACCGUGCUUCUUCUCCUCACCUCAAUUCAGCCCCGGUAGUGUGCUCUCCCUUCCUGCCAGAUCGUUAUCAAACGUUUUCUUCCCCAUUAACGACGGAUCCGAUGGCGAAUCAGCCAUCGCGACAGGCGUUCUGCAAUAUAGACCUUUCGGGUCAUAUUGCGGCGGCGGCGAAGGCGCCGACAUUUGAUAGAAAGAUGGAACCGACGGGCUUGCAGAGGCUUGCUACUCAGUAGCCCAGACACCCCCCGCUGUCAACAGCAGUGAUGCCCCACGGAUAACGCCAUCGAAGUUGGUGCGGCAAGGGCGACACCUAAAAGCCAGGAGAUGAAUGAGCGGCCAUCGAUCAGCGGGGCUGGGAUUCUCAAUGAGCAAGCCGCAAGCUUAUUCUUUC